ACUACCACGGCCGUCCGUAGUCCGUACACAGAUGAUAGCCGUUGUCGCCGCCGCCGCCGCCGCCGCCGCAACGUUUGCCCCGUUCGCUUUUUCCAACCGUUUUUUUUUUCUCGUCCGCGCCGUUUUACCCCGUCGGUCGACGAUACUCCGAACCGUCCGGAAACGAUCGUAACAAUAUCGUUCUAUCGUUUGUUGUCCCCGCUUAGCCGGUCGUCGUCGGUGGUUCAUUAUCAUAUUUUAUUAUCGUCGUUAUCGUUAUCGUUCGGUGGUGGAGGUAGUGCCCGUCGUCGGGAGCAAAAUCGACUGUGCCCGCACAUCGCGACAAUAUUAUUAUUAGUCAAAUACGUUUGAGGCACCCACUCGGGCUGGUACUUGCCGCAUUUUCCGACCGUGUCCGAUUCGCCUCCGACAACGUGAAAACGCCGCAACGACUGCUGCGACCCACCGCUUCUACUUCUCCGACCGCAGCUGCUCUCGGGUGCCCGCCAAUGUCGAGCACGGUGGUGGCUUGUCGACGGGCCGCGAAUCGACGCGGCGAUGUGGCCGUCGUCGGUCUCUUCGAUUAGAACAGUGUUAUCGUCACAUCGCACUGUUGCUGUGCUCAAGACGCCGGUGAUGCGACUGCGACACAAUGAAAGUCACCGUCUGCUUCGGUUCAACUAGGGUCAUCGUCCCCUGUGGACGUGGAGAAAUAUUGGUCAGAGAUCUAAUUCAACAGGCCAUCACUAGAUACAAGAAAGCCACUGGAAAGAGCUCCAAUUCAUGGGUGACCGUCCACAGUUUGCAGUCUCAGAGUGAUGGUGGGAUCUUGGAUCCAGAUGAUCGUCUCAGGGAUGUGGCAGAUGAUAGAGAGCAAAUUGUUGCACUCUAUGACGACGGUGAUAGCAAUAGUCCUCACCAACACGGCGGUGGAGAUGGAGCUAGUGUUACAUCUAGUCCGGAUAUAUUCCACAGCCGAGAUGGAUUACAAACAGAUAUUGAAGUCACUAAUGAACAAAUUGCUUGUGGUUUCCCAGCUUUACAUGUCCGUAGAGGUAGUGAACCAGCUCUUAAUCAAUUACCACUUGAAUGUCCAAACAAUUUGGGCAAAAGAAAUAGCAAUACUAGGCCUGCUGCAUCGGGUCAAUCUAAACGAUGGUCAGCAGCUCCUAUGAUUCACGACCCUAAAGAAAAACUAAGAACCGAUGAUUACAUAAAAAUCAAUGGUUUUGGUUUAUCUGACAAAUGGAGGUGUUCUGAAGAAGAUGAAGAUGAAUUAGAAUUAGGUGACAAAGAUAAACCACCAAUUAGCAAUCAUUUUCUAGCACCAUCAUUUCAUCGUGAUUCUUCGAAUCGUUUAUCGAUGCAAUUCUUAGGAGAGUCAUCAAGUGGAUUUCGGUGGGCAGAGGCUGCUGAUUUGGCAAAUAAUCGAGCCUUAUCGUUAUCAUUACCCAGAGACCACAGAAGAAAAGAACCGUUGGGCCAAGCUAAUACAAAUCCUAGUCACUUACCUGAAUCACAAAACACUGAAUUUAUAGUGCUUAGCACUGGUGGUGGAUCAUUAGGCAUUCAUGUUGUCCCAGAUUACAAUGCUCUUGGCAAAGAACGUGGUCUUCUGGUUCAAGGAAUUGAACCUGGUGGUCGGGUGCACUGUGAUGGCAGAUUGAAAGUAUAUGAUCGAAUUGUAGAAAUCAACGGCCGGUCAUUAUUGGAUCAACCAUUUAAUGCAAUACAAGAAAUAUUUCGAGAUUCACUACACUCUUCAGAGCUCAGACUUAGAGUAGUAAAACAUAAAAAUAAUAUGGACAUUCAAACUAGUCAAAAUACGGUUACUGGUAACAAAAAACAGCCACCGCCACCAGUGUUUCCUAAACCAUCUUCAAACACCACUGCAACUUAUAGUAAUAAAGAAAAUAUCUCUGCAGGAUCAUCUGAUAAAGAUAAAAUCAACUCAAAUACUAAAAUUGCCACCAUUUCGCCAACCAAAAAAAUAUCAGCUGCAACACAUACAGCUUCCAAUAUCUUGAUGGUAGCUAACACAAGAAAAAUUGGAAAGAAAAUGGAAUUAGAACUUACUAAAGGACCUCAUGGGCUUGGAUUUAGUAUAACAACAAGAGAUAAUCCAGCUGGUGGAAAUUGUCCAAUUUACAUCAAAAAUGUGUUACCAAAAGGAGCUGCUGUAGAAGAUGGACGAUUACGGCCAGGUGAUCGAUUAUUAGCAGUUAAUGGUACAGAAUUGACAGGCAAGACUCAAUCUGAAGCAGUUGCUGUAUUGCGGAAAGUUCCAUCUGGUGCAAAAGUUAAAAUUAUUGUUUCCAGGCAAGAAGAUGUAGUAAUUAGCCAAGUUGGCCAGAAAUCUAAUCAAGAUCUAGAUGAAAAUUAUGAACAAGAAGUAGGGAUUUCAUCAGACAAUCAAUCAGUAGAAACAAAUGAAAAAUCCAACAGUAAUACUGUUCAGGAGUAUGUUAAAAGCUUAGAAGAAACACAAACAUUUCCUUGGAGACAUAAAGAAAUAUUGACCUUUGACAUUCCUGUGCAUGAUUCAGAAAAAGCAGGUUUAGGUAUUAGUGUUAAAGGUAAAACAUCAUCUAGUAACAACUCUAACGAUAAAGAUUUCUCUCAAGACUUAGGUAUAUUUAUCAAAAAUGUUAUUCACGGCGGUGCAGCUUCAAGGGAUGGUAGAUUACGAACUAAUGAUCAGCUAUUGUAUAUAAAUGGUAUGUCAUUAAUUGGUCAAACUAAUGCAGCAGCUAUGGAAACGUUACGUAGAACUAUGAUGAAUGUUGACCCUGGGCCAGUACCAGGAGCUAUCUCAUUAAUAGUAGCCCGCCGACGUAAUAGUUCUCCAACAUUAGAUAGAAGACGUAGUCGUGACUCUUCGUCAAGUCUACUUACAGAUUCAUCAGCAAACACUGAAACAUUUAGUCGAGCUGAAAGCAGUGAUAGUAGUACUCAAAAUACGGCAGAAAAUUCUGGAACAAGUGAAAACUCUGAUACCACUGUUAUCUUUAUGCAUCAAAGACAAGGUUCGGAGAGUUCAAAACGGAAUACAGUACCUUCAGCUACUUCUCCAGAUGGAAUUGCAAUUCGUAAUCCAGUUUUGGAAAGGUUAACUGGACACACAAAUCGUUAUAAUGCAUUGCGUAAUGAAAGUUAUUACAAGGCGACGCAUCAAACAACAAUUAUGUUGAAAGAAGAAGAAAAAUUGAAUAGCCCUACUGUGAACCCAUCAUCAGAAGAGAUGUUAAUCAUUGAAGAAGACCCUCCAAUUUAUAAUACUGUUAGCCGGAAAAAAAUAGAAGAAGAAAAACCAUCACCAAUUGUAUCUCCACCAGCAAGAACUGGUUCAACUAGUACUGAUGUUACUUAUGCUAGCCAAUUAUCAUUGGAUAAUGCCAACUCAGGAUUUUCAAGAGAUGCAUUUGGGCGGCAAAGUAUGUCUGAAAAACGACAUGCAACGUUAGACGCCAAAAAUACUGAUACAUAUCAAAGAAAUAAAAAAUUACGUGAAGAGCGUGGCGAUGAUGGCAAAAUUCGCAAUGGUUUUCCGUCAAAACACCAACUUGGCCCCUCUCUAGGAUUGAAAAAAUCGUCCAGUCUGGAAUCAUUACAAACAAUGGUUCAAGAGGUGCAAAUGACCGAUGGUGGAUCAAAACGGGGCAAUGUUAAAGUAGUGCGUGGUAGAGGAUGUGAUGAAAGUUUUAGAGCUGCAAUCGACAAAGAUGGUCCAUUGUCUUUACAUGAACUUCGAUUGGAAACAUAUGGAAAGGAGAGUGAUGAUCAUCCAAUUGGCCGUAGACAGUCUUCACUUCAUUCUCCGACAAAUUACAAAGCACCAAAUACACCACCAGUCGUUGUUAACAAAAAAAAACCAGGACUACUUAAAGGGAUUGGUUCCAUGUUUAGAUUUGGUAGUAAACCUCGUCGGGGACCAGAUUUAAACGGUACUUUAAGCUCAGAAGAAGAUAAUUCUGCUGAUCGUGAGCGAGAAAUAGCUAGAAGAAAUGCUCGUGAUGAACAACUUAGAAUUCAAGAACAAUACCAAAGACUAAUUCAGCGACAGGCAGAAAUGCAAGAACAAAAUCAUUGUAGAGACAUAGCUAUAGAUGAUAGUACAGCUAAUUAUACAAAUGUGCCUGCAAAACCGUCUAAUCCUGAACAAUCUCGUAUGGAUCGUAUCCAACAACUUAGAGCUGAACAUCAAAGAAGACACAUGGAACGUAGCGGAAAGUUUAUUCCUGAUGAGAGGGAAGAAAAUCAUUAUGAAUCUGAUGUUCGACAGCCCAUUGGUAAUACUCAAAAUGCAAUAAAUCGACCUGGCAGUCGUGUAGGUAUAAUUGAUUCUUCUCGAUUUAACCAUUACGUCAAUUUCCAAGAAAUACAGCAGAAUCUUAGUUUGAUGCAUGAAAUACGCGGAGUUAAGCUUCGACAUCACGGCAAAACAAAAAAACCCGUGUCUUGCUAUUAUGACACCGACGAUGAAAGCCGUAGACAGUUGCAUUAUCAUUCUCAAAGACGCGACCCUAAGGAAACUGUUGCACGACCUAGUUCUAAUUAUUACGAAUAUGAAAGCGUGAUGAGAUCUCUACCAUACACGACCGGCGGCACAUCGCGUCUGGUGGACAACAAUUCUAACUCGUUGACUAGACAAGUAGGCAGUGUUACUCAAACUGCGGCUGUGGCAGCAACGAACAACAACAAAAAUGGUGCUGGUCGUAGUCAAAAGCAACAGUCGUUAUCUCGGCAUCAUUAUCCUGUUCCAGCCACCAAGUCGCCCAACUAUGCACUGUACGGAAGCAGUGAUUCUCAAAGCCAAAACAGUACACCUCAGCAGCAGCUCCAACACAGAGGGCCGACAAACAACAACAAUUAUACCGGUGGUAUGUACCAUCAUUACAAUCAUCAUCAACAACAACAGCAACAGCAACAGCAAAGGUCUUCUCCACAACAAGGACCAUACAUAACCCAAGUCACCAUUCGGGAUAAUAAACACAUAAUAAAAAGUCCUGAUAUUUAAUGCAAUAUUCCUUGUAGGAACAAUAUUAUUUGAUAAAAAUUAUUAUUAAUCUCACAUAAAUUACUUUUUUUUAAAUUUUAACACACUGACCAUGUUGCAAUAUUCCCCCCUCUAUAAAGUGUUUUCUCAUGGUUAUUUUAAUUAUUUACAUCAUCACACAUAGUCUUAAUUUGAAUCCUUUACUUUAAUAUGUUUACCAACUUAUUGUAACCGUAAAAGUUUUUUUAUUUUCUUAAACAACUAUUGUAUAUUUUCUCAUUUUUUGUAUUUAUAUACAUACAUUUACAUAUAUUUGUAAAUAUUUCAAUCACAUCAGUAAUAUUUUAAUUGAUCAUUUUUUUUUAUGCUUUUGUCGUUUAUAUUAUUAUAAACAUACUAUGCUAAAUUUUUGACAAAUCUCAACCCAAACCAUUUAUUUAAAUUAUUAAUUCAACUUUUAUGAGAUUAUUACUUCACAAACAUGUUUUGUAUUUGAUUUAAAUUCUUAGUUGGGUUAUCGUUUGAACAAAGAUAGUAUUUAAUUAUUUGCCAAUCAGGUUAAGAAAAAAAGUUUCAAGAGCUUGAGCAAUGAUAAAUUUAUUAAAACAUUAUUUUAUUAUAUAUCAAAUACAGAUUAUUAAAUAUUGCUGUUAAAUAUUUUAUAAUUGUUCAGAUACAUUUUUAUUUUUUAAAUUAAAUUUUCCUGUGAUAUGAUGUGAUCCAAUCGUUGAAUGUAGGUUAUGUAAGUUCAUCAUAUAUAAAAUGUUACACAAUUAAAUAAAUCACUUACCAUAAGUAAAACGAGUGCCUUAAAUCAACAUAUUAUAUUAUAUGAAAAAUGUAUACUCUUUUUUUCCAAUACCUUAUAGGAAAACACCUUAGCCCACUUUAUAAAACACACAUAUAUAUUAUUAUUGUUUAUCAUUCUUUUAUACUUUUUGUAAUUUUUAUUCUUGUUAUGAUUUUCCAUAAAUAGGUUGUAAUAAAUGAAAAUUAUUGUUGAAAUUAUCUUCCUCAACAUAUAAAUUAUUAUUUGUCUACCUACAAACAAAAGUUCUAAUUCUUAUAUUAUUUCUUUAAAAGAUUAUCUAAUUAGUUUUAUUUUUACUCACCAAGUUUUCAAUUAAUUUAAACCACCCUUAUAAUAAUUUGUCCGCCGUCCAUAAAUAGCAUAAAUGGAAUGUAUUUUUUUUUUAUUUGCAUGUAAGUUAUUGUUUUGUGCCAUCAAAUAUAUAAUAAUAGGGAUACAAGCAUUCCCAAACAUUUGUCCACAUAAUGUCCUGUCUCCUUAGUCUUAAACUAGGCUUAACCUUAUUAUCUUUUUAUGUAAUUGUGUUUUUUUUUUAUUUUUGCAAUACUACGAGUUGCUCAACUAUGUAAAUUUAGUACUUAAAAAUACCAAAUUACUCACGCAGUAUUAACAAUGCGUUUUAUUUUCUUAUAUUGUGUAUUGUCUCCUUACAGUAUUUCUGUUACACUUAUUUUGUUAAUUACUUAUUGCCUAUUAUUAAAUCAUAUUGUAUUACUAUUAAUGUUUAUAAGUUCCUGUUAAAUGAUACGAAACAGCUAUUAAAUACAGCCGAAAUCUCUUCUUCGACAGUUUUCUCUCUCUAAUAGCUUUUAAAAUUAGAUAUACAUUAUAUUACAUAUCUAAGAAAAUUAUAUAACUUACCUAAUUCAAAUAUAUUUUAACCAUGUAUUGAUAAGUAUAUACGUUUAUUUUGUAUACAAUAUAAUUCACUAGUUGUAUUAAAUUAGUUAGUUAGGUAAAAUAUACUAUGUCAACUAUAGAUAAAUAUGUAUAAUGUAGAUAAUAAUGUAGAUGGUUACUGCAGCAUGCACAUCAAUUGUAAUUACUUGGUACUUACAAAAUUAUUAUUAUGUAUCAAACUUUAUAAUAAAGAUAACAUUUAUUUUGAAUA